AUAUAUUUUUCCUGGCCUGGCUUACUCAUUUGUUUGAAGUUUAACUACACUUCUCUUCUUCUCCCCAGCUUCUUUCUUACUACUACUAGUACUACUGCCUCAUUUACCUCUUAAGAAAUAACCACCUCGCCAUUUCCAUGGCUCUCCGAGUUAUCUUGACCAAAAAAUUACUCGGAUCAGGGUUUCACGCCCAACCCACAUCCCGAAUUGCCCUUUCUCGCGGCCUGCAAACCUUCUCCCUCCCCGACCUUCCCUACGACUAUGGCGCUCUCGAGCCAGCCAUUAGCGGCGAAAUCAUGCAGCUCCAUCACCAGAAGCACCAUCAGGCUUAUGUCACCAACUAUAACAAAGCUCUUGAGCAAUUACAGGAGGCCAUUUCCAAGGGCGACUCCGCUACCGUCGCUAAAUUGCAGAGCGCCAUCAAAUUCAAUGGUGGAGGUCAUAUCAACCACUCAAUUUUCUGGAAGAACCUGACUCCUAUUAGUGAAGGAGGUGGUGAGCCCCCAAAAGGAUCUCUGGGCUGGGCUAUCGACACAGACUUUGGCACUUUAGAUGCAUUGGUGAAAAAAGUAAGCGCAGAAGGUGCUGCCUUGCAAGGCUCAGGAUGGGUGUGGCUUUCUCUGGACAAAGAAUUGAAGAAACUCGUGGUUGAAACUACUCCAAAUCAGGAUCCACUGGUCACUAAAGGAGCAAGUUUAGUUCCAUUGCUUGGUAUUGAUGUUUGGGAGCAUGCAUAUUAUUUACAGUACAAGAACGUCAGACCAGAUUACCUCAAGAACAUAUGGAAAGUUAUCAACUGGAAAUACGCCAAUGAAGUAUAUGAAAAAGAAUCUUCCUGAGCUAAACUUAGGUGACUUGCGGCCCGGAGGUUGAUGAUGGAAUAAAUUGAAACCAUGUUGGUGGAGGCCUUGAGUUUCUCCCUUUGUUUUGAGAUGUUUGAAUACUAAUGUAUCUCAUUUAUGAAAUUUAGAGUACCAACUCUAAUAACAUUUUU